AUGUCAGCUUCCUUGAGGGAAAAACAGACAGCUGCGCUUAAGCGUAUGCUCACCUUUAACAGUGCACCAACAAAACAGGUUUCAGCUGAGCCACAAUGGAAAAUUCUUGUAUAUGAUCGAUUUGGUCAAGAUAUUAUAUCCCCAUUAUUGAAUGUAAAAGAGCUAAGGGAUUUGGGAGUUACUUUACACUUGUUACUUCACACUGACAGAGAUCCAAUUCCAGAUGUUCCUGCCAUUUAUUUUGUUAUGCCAACAGAUGAAAAUGUUCAGCGAAUUUGUCGAAUUUUUGACCAGUAUCUGAACUUCAUCUGUUUGGAAGAUGAUUUGUUUACAAUGCGUCAUCAAGAAAGAGAUGCUAUUUCCUAUUAUGGAAUGGUACCUAUUAUCCGUUCUCCUCGAGGCAAUGCUGCAGAAAGAGUCGCAGAGAAACUUGAUAAAAAACUCAGGGAUAACAUCAGAGAUGCCCGAAACAGUUUAUUUACAACAGACAGUAUUCAGGCUGGCCAGUUCAGUUUUCAGAGACCUUUGCUGGUAAUCCUUGACCGGAAUUUGGAUUUAGUUUCUCUGUUGCACCAUACCUGGACUUACCAAGCCCUUUCUCAUGAUGUCUUGGAAUAUAAUCUUAACAAAGUGGAAAUAGAAGAGAAUUCAGAAGUGAUAUCACCAAGUGGCAGUACACGGCCAAGAAAAAAGAAAAAAAAUUAUGCUUUUAGUUUUACGGAUAAAUUUUGGCAGACACACAAAGGAAGCUCUUUGCCUGAACUUUUGGAAAAGAAGCGCCUUAUAGAUAUGCAUACAAACAUUGCCACUGCUCUAUUGGAACAUAUUAAGUCAGAAGAAAAAGAGUAUUGUGAUGCAUUGAAGGCAGCCAAUUGUGAUAUCACUCCUGUCAGAUACAUCAACAGAUGGAAGAUGUUCUCGAAAUUGAUGAACCAGGGGUCUCAGUUUGUGAUGGAAGGAGUCAAAAAUUUAGUCGUCAAAAAACAUAAUCUUCCUGUCACUCGGAUUGUUGAUGCUCUAAUGGAAAUGAAAUCAUUACCAGAAGUUGAAGAUUUUCGUUACUUUGAUCCUAAAUUACUCCGUGGAGAUGGAUCAUCUGUGACAAGAAAUAAGUCACCAUUCCAAGAAUUGGUUGCAUUGGGUCAGGAGAUGCCAUCAUCUGCAUGGUGUCUACCAGGAACUGGAACCACUGCAUGUGUUCUCCUCCUUCCUUCACUCUUUUUUUCUCUCACUGUAACGCCAUUUCGUCUCUCGUUAAUUUGCAUAGCUGCAGCAUUUGCACCGCAUAGCAAUUCGUUAAGUGAGUGCAAAUUAAAGAGUAGGGUUUCUUGCAGAGAUAGGCACAAGCAGGAAUGCGGACCGUUCAUUGGUUAG